AUGGAGUUCAUUCCCUAACAAGGCACACGCAACUACGCCGACUCCUCCACUUUAAUCCUCCCGCCGCUGUCGAUCGGAAAUGUGGGCCAUCUCGCCGUGGAUCUUCUUGUGGUGUUGGCCAAGGUGGAGAGAGUUGGGUUUCUGGACAGUCCGUAUGUUCUUCCAUGCGUUGGGAACGAUGCAUAUGGGACUGUUCCUCAAGGCCAACUUGGUCUUCCUCUUGAAGUUUAUGAGUCAGCUUCUAGUGUGAUGGCUUUAAUCCAGCAGAGGUCGCCUGUCGUGAAGGAUAUGAUGAUUGAGUUUGCUACGAAGUUGGCUGACUAUGUUGCUGCCAGUGGAAAGAAGCAUGUCAUUGUGCUUUCGAGCUUGGAUUUUGGGAGGUGGCAGAGAAUUGAUAUGUCAAGGCAAAAGGAUUGAAGGUUAUCUGCUUAUUAUGCUACUGUUCAGAAGGAGACAACACAGCUGAUGCUUUCCAUUUGGUUGAAGCAGCAUGUACACUAC